AUGUGGCUGCAAGAUGAGAGUAUUAAAGAAAGAAUGCAACAAUGGUGGCAGGACCAUCACUUCACGGGGAAUCCGGGAUAUGUUUUUUGCAAAAAGUUACAAGCGGUGAAAGGUGAUUUGCGAGAUUGGAACUUACAAACCUUUGUCAGAGUAAACAGGAUUAGGGAUGAGCUGUUAGUACAAAUUAAAGCGUUUGAUGAGAGGGAGGCACAAGGGGUUUCUACAGUGGAAGAUAGUUUUGAAAGGGUGAACAAGAAGGCUGACUACUUGAAAUGGGCUAACCUUGAGAGCAUAAGAAUGAAGCAAAAGACUAAAAACCAGUGGAUCAUUGAGGGAGACCAUAAUACUUCUUUCUUCCAUAGGUAUGCUAACAAUAGAAGAAGAGCUAAUACAAUUGGCAGUAUCAGAGUGGAUGGGGAUGUUACUGAGGAACAAUCUGUAAUAGCAAGUCACAUUCAAGAUUUCUAUAUAAAUCUUUAUAAAGAAGACCGUAGCAAUAGACCUUUUGUAGAAGAUUUGGAGUUCUCAGCUAUCUCCGUGGAAGAAAGUACAAAUUUGGAAAAAAGGAUUACGGAUGAGGAAGUUAAACAAGCAAUGCACGAAAUGAAGUCUAACAAGACGCAAUGA